GGCUUCUGCUCGACGGGGACGGGGCGGGCCUUGGCUCCGGAAAGCUCCGCUUCUCCUCAGGUCGCGGCGCGAGCUGUUCCUGGUCUCCCUCCUCCCGCAAUUGAUUCCCUCAGAGCCUGCUUGUCAGCCAGCCAGCCAGCCGUCCAUCUCUUCAGUCACUCAGUCAGUCGCGCGCCCACCGCCCUCACAAAAGCGGAGCCUGAGAGGGAAGACAGGCAAGAAGGAAGGCAGGCAGGAAGGCGAACCCGGCCGGGACGCCAGGCCGGCUGCUGGCGAAGGCUAGAAGAAAAGUUUCUGGACAACAAGGCUGGAAGGUGGAUUAUUUCUUUUUAAAAAGCGAAGAGACCAUGCAUACAAGUCUGUAGAAAUGGUUUGCGGCUCAGUCAAGCUGGAGCUGACUAAAUGAAAGUAUGGGCUGUGCAUCAGCCAAGCAUGUUUCUGCUGUACAAAAUGAAGAGGAAGCUCAGAAGGGGAAAAACUACCAGAAUGGAGAUGUAUUUGGUGAUGAGUAUAGAAUCAAACCUGUGGAAGAAGUCAAAUACAUGAAAAACGGAGGGGAGGAUGAUCAGAAAAUUGCUGCCAGAAACCAGGAAAAUUUGGAAAAAAGUGCCAGUACCCAUGUAAGACUUAAGACGAAUAAAGAGCUUCCAGGAUUAGUACAUCAACCUAGAGCAAACAUGCACAUCUCUGAAAGCCAACAAGAAUUCUUCAGAAUGCUGGAUGAGAAAAUUGAAAAGGGCCGUGAUUACUGUUCAGAAGAGGAGGACAUCACAUAGUGCCAAUUCUGCAGAUCAAACAGGAAUACUACUGUGUAAAUAGAUUAUGGUCCAGUGAAGAUCUUUUCUGGAAGUCUUCUCAAGUGAACAGCACUACAUAACAAAAGAUCAUUUCCACAUUGUAUGCUCCAUUAAGUUACAGUGUUUCUCAAUGACCAUACAAUGAACAUGGCUACAGGAAGGAAGAACGGCUUGUGUGGAACUGCCCUUGGCUGCUGGUGGUUGAAACUUGUUGCCGAUUGUCACUUACCUUGUCCAGGAACACAGUGGAUCUUUGACAUAAAAUCUGAGUGACACCUUGGAUUUCCCUGGAGCUGUUAGCCUGUUUUCUGUUGGCUGAGCUGGUGUUGUACAGAAUCUUCCAUAACUGAGCAGUUGAGCCUCUUCCAGUCCGUCAGUCCAGCCGUGAUGGGGUCUGGAGUUCCUGUUAAUGCUGACAAUAUUGAGCUUUGGAAAUGGGAUGCUUUGCCAUGACAGACCUCGUUUCUCUGCUAGGAAGAAGUUGUCAAUUUAAAAGCAUGUUGUCACAGAAAUACUGGCUAUGGUGAUGCAGGAGCAGAAAUCUGUAUUUUUUAAAAAAUACACCACUUCUUUUACUGGUUAUUUUAAUCGAGGAAUAAGCUUUCAGUACUGGCUUUGCUGACCGCAGAUGGAAGUUGUGAUUGCAAUCAGUUUGAAUCCCUCUUUUUUUUCUAAGGAAAUAAACAUUUUACUGUUUUUAGGUAUUCUUGUCUUAUACCCAUUCAUACAGUCCAGCGUGUUAAGCAACAUUGGGGAACGGGAGAGAGGGGCAAAGCAACCCCGAGGAACUAUAAUGGGAGAGGAUGUUAUUUUAAACCGCCUGUGUGCCAAUUUGGGAUGUCGUGUAGAGUUUAUUUUUCCAUAUUAUAAAAAGAUGAGGCUCUCUCUUCUCAAAGGCAGAUGUAAUAUUUUUAACAAAUAUUGUCAUGAGUAAAAAUAAUCCUAAGGUUUUGAAAAAAAAACACUUUUGCAUUUAUUUUUUAAAAACACCUUUUGCUGACAGAUUCUCUUCUGUGUCUAUAGAGGGGUGUAACCAUUUAAAAUGCUUCUUUGAAGCUGAACUUUUUAUCCCUCAGUUUGCCUUAAUAGGGUAUCAAGAUGACAUCUCAUCAAUAAAACUGUGUAAAUUGGAAAAGCACAUUUUAGAUCAGUCUGUAUAAUUUGUGAUGUAGUUUUGCCCAGGAUCACAGUAGAUGUUGCACAUUGGAAAGGGUUGUGCUUUUUGUCUGUUUGUUGUUUGGUCUUCCUAUGUCCAUCUCAUUUAAUUUGAUUUUACUAGUUAGACACCCACCAUCAGUACAAUGAGGGAUGAUAUCACUGAACCUCUCUGUCUCCAGUUUUAAGGAAUUGACCUGCUCCAAAGUGUGGCCAAUUUAGACAUUGCCACAAUUGUUUUGCCCCUUCUUUUGAAAGGGUAUGUGUGUGAGAGAAUGUGAAGGCUUUACCAACAUUGUCAGACAUUUGUAAAGCCCCUACUCCCUUCAGGGAGUCAAUAACAAUCAUAAAGGAAAUUGACCUCUAUGGUGUGAAAUCGUUUCCUUCAGCAACACCAAUUCAAUUACAGAAAAUACACAGGGAACAAAAUUUACAGUUGAACUCACAUUCAUGCUGCACACGAUAACUUGUUUAAAUUUCCUAGAGCUCUCCAUUUGCUAUCAUCUCAUCAAUCAUUUGGGAGUUUUUAGGGGUGACAAUGUGUGACAUACCAGUAAAUACACCUAAGAAGUAUAUUUCUGGGCAUUUGUACGUGCUCCUCACUACCACUAUCUCCAACUUCAUUGGAAGUUACAGCUUCUUUUCUGGGUCCUUGUGUCUCAUUUAUUUGUGUUCAGAGUCCAAUUUCUUCUGAUUUUCCUUUAGAAUUAAAAUGGAGGCUUCUUUUCUUCUA